AUGGCCGGGCGUGAUGCUCGAGACUGGGAAGCCUGCACUCUGGUGCCGUGGGCUUUGCAUCUGCCGCGCGGAGCGGGAGCCGGCGACAUCGAAGAUCUCCUGCUCGACGAGCUGCACCUCCGCCGCGGGGACAUCCUCGUCACCGUACUUCAGCCGGAGCCCUUCCUGAUCCGGUUCGAGCGAAAGGAGGACUGCGACCUGGCGCGGAGCCGCGGAAGGUUCACGCGCCGCGGCAUGGACAUCUGCCUACGGCGUUGGCGGAGCCUCACACACGCUUUGGGGCUGCGCCUCUUCUACCGCGUCCGGCUCUACCUCGACGGCAUCCCUGGGCAUGCUUGGACGCCGGACAUCGUGGAGCGCGUCAUCGGCCGGCGAUGCGCCCUGCAGUGUAUCAACACUGAUCUGGUGCAACCGCAGGACACUCGGCACAUCGACCUGUGGGCCUGGACGGCUGACCCGAGCGCCAUCCCCAAGAGGGUGGGGCUCGUGUUCACCCACCGGCCGGGGGACAGAUCCGCCGCGGUCUUCGUCACGCAAGAUCAACCGAACCGGAGGCAUCAGGGCAUCCGCUUCAAUGUCUUCUUGCAUGUAGGUCUUCUGGAGGACUACACGAUGGCGGCGCAGGACCUCCAAGGGGCCAUCUCCAACCCGGCGGCGGCCAAGCCAACGAAGCGGGCGUACACCUGGCGCUACGGAGUGGUUGACGGUGCUCCGGCAUCUACACGCUCCACUUUUCCGGCUCGCCUUACCCAGCCGCCGCGGGAGCGGGCAGCAAGCACCUUCGUUGCGGACUGCGCGGGGAGGCAAGAGGAACAGCGACACCGCGAUGCUCUGGUGCGCGGCAGCCGACACAACGCCGACCAACGCCGCGCUGCUGCUGUCCGUGGGGGGCGUGGCCGUGACACGGCGGCACCUGAACGCGACCAGGGCGCACAACAAGACGAAGAGCUGCACUGCACGUUUGGACGCACGUGCAAGGACCAGGGCUUCACCUGGCCACGGUUCUGGGGACCUGAUGAUGACGACGACGCCGACGACUACGAGCACCCGGGCCGGGGGUCUGAUACUGGCCGAACACGCCAGGCGCGUCGGGACGCACGCGGCGAACGCCGUGAAUGCACCCGUUCGCCACGACGUCGGGAUAGCGAAUUCACGGGCGGCAGGCGGCGGGCUGACACUCACCCUACAAGGGGUCCAGGUCGCCCCUCUUACGAAAUUGCUCCGCUCCUUGAAUCAAUCCGUGGAUUGAAGCGGAUCGAUCCCAAAGACAGAGAAGCGGAUCGAUCCCAAAGACAGAGAGGAGCAGCAGGGUCGUGA